UGAAACAUUGUAGCAGCCUGACACUCAGCGAGCGCGCGUUCGCGGAGCGUUCGCCCCUGUUUGUGUUCCGCGCGGACGAUGAGAGCGCGGGAAGGAGGCGCCGAGGGCCGCGUGAGCUGGUGAGGACCGGCGGGGGUUCGCCGUGACGGAGAGGCGCCGAGAAUCAUCUAUAUGGGCCAUUUUCUCUCAAAAAAUGGUCACGGCCUGAAGAAGAAAUCACGGAAGCUGCGCAAGAAGAAGAAGAAGAGGAGGAACUGCUUCCUUCAGGGCCCCUGCAUGCUGUGCUUCGUCGUGCGGGGCAGCAGCGGGAGCGUCGAGGACGAUUGGCCCUUCGAGAGCGCGGCCGUGUCCAAACUCGCCGAGCGCUACGCGUCGCUGAACUCGCCCGAGGAGUGCGCCCGCUUCCUCCUCUCCCCGGGAGAGCUGGCCGUCUGGGAGGGCCAGGGUCGGAGUCUGCUCUCCAAGCUGAUCGGGCCCCCGGCGCUGUUCCGCGCCGUCGUCCCCGACUAUUCGGAAAUGGUGUGCAAGCGCAAGUGUGCUGAGCUGCAGCGGUGCACUCCCCGCAAGCAGCCCCGCUGUGCCUUCCAGGAGGCCAUGGAGAACGGAGAGGAGCGGGGGGACGGACGCCGCCUGCUGCCUUCGCUGCCUUCGUCCUCCUCUUCCUCUCCGUCGGAGGAGGACGGCGGCUCCGGCGCGGACGGCCCCUCCGCCUCUUCGUCCUCGUCCUCCUCCUCCUGCUGCUGUCAGCCGGCUCAGAACGAGAGCUCGGAGGAGACGAGGAGCGCCGAAAACACGGACACGUCCCACGCUAACCAGCUGCCCUCCUCUAUACUGCUCAAGGUGUUUUCUCACCUGUCGGUGAAGGAGCGGUGUCUGGGAGCGUCUCUGGUCUGUAAAUACUGGCGCGAUCUCUGCUUAGACUUCCAGUUCUGGAAACAGAUCGAUCUCAGCGGCCUCCAGCAGGUCAAGGAUGAUCUGCUGGUGAAGAUCGCGUCCCGGAGGCAGAACGUGACCGAGAUCAACAUCUCGGACUGCCGUAACGUUCAGGAUCACGGCGUUUGCUCUCUGGCCUCCAACUGUCCGGGUCUGAUCAAAUACACGGCGUACCGCUGCAAGCAGCUGAGCGACGUGUCCCUGAGCACCGUGGCCGUCCACUGCCCGCUGCUGCAGAAACUUCACGUCGGCAAUCAGGACAAACUCACUGACCACGCUCUCAAACUGUUGGGCGAACACUGCAGAGAGCUGAAGGACGUUCAUUUCGGGCAGUGCUACAGCAUCAGCGACGAGGGUCUAGUGGCGCUGGCUCAGGGCUGCAGCAAACUACAGAGGAUCUACAUGCAGGAGAACAAACUGGUGACUGAUCGGUCCGUGCAGGCGUUUGCCGAGAGCUGUCCGGAUCUUCAGUUCGUGGGCUUCAUGGGCUGCUCGGUGACGUCUCAGGGCGUCAUCCACCUGACCCGGCUGCAGCACCUGAGCAGUCUGGACCUGCGGCACAUCUCUGAGCUCAACAACGAGACCGUGAUGGAGGUGGUGAGGAAGUGCAGGAACCUGACGUCACUCAACCUCUGCCUCAACUGGACCAUCAACGACAGAUGUGUGGAGAUCAUCGCUAAGGAGGGUCGGAGUCUGAAGGAGCUCUAUCUGGUGUCCUGCAAGAUCACCGAUCACGCUCUGAUCUCCAUCGGUCAGUACAGCAGCACCAUCGAGACGGUGGACGCCGGCUGGUGUAAGGAGAUCACGGAUCAGGGGGCUACGCAGAUCGCCCGGAGCAGCAAGUCUCUGCGCUACCUGGGUCUGAUGCGCUGUGACAAGGUGAACGAGGAGACGGUGGAGAGACUGGUGCUGCAGUAUCCACACAUUGUGUUCAGUACGGUGAUGCAGGACUGUAAGAGAACGCUGGAACGAGCCUAUCAGAUGGGCUGGAGCCCCAACACAUCCACGGCCUCCUAACACACACACACACACACACACAGAAUCAUUAUCAUUACUAUGCCGUUUAUUCCGCCUUCCAACAUUAUGCAGCAGAAACGUCAAUAUUGUUUGAUUCGAGCACACAUAUGUCCAUGCACACACACACACACACACACACACACACACACACACACACACACACACACACACACACACACA